GUUUAUAAAAUGCCAGACAGUGUGUCUCUGAAGAAUUUAAGUGCAGUGGUGGAAGGCCACAAGUUUGCCAUACAGUGUGACAUUGUUAAUGUUGCACCAGCAAGAAAUCUCUCUGUGCUUUGGCACAAAGGAAAUAAGAUCUUGUCUUCUCAGAUAUUUAAUGAGUCUAUUCUAUCUAAAGUCAGUAAGUCAUCUGUCCUCACUCUGACUGCUCAUAGAGAUGAUGAUGGAGCUGAGAUCUGGUGUGAAGCAAAACUAAACCUGUGGCCAGAGGAACAAGGUCCUCCUCCAGUGCGUUCAGAGGCGCAUAUUCUGACUGUACUCUACCCACCAACCUCUAUCAGCGCUUCAGAUGAGACUCAGGACUUGCCAGCUGGUAAAAACAUUUUAAGUUGCAAUGCAACAGGAAACCCUUUGCCAUCAUACCACUGGCAAUUCCCACAAGCAGCACAAGAGACGUACAAGGAUCAGGAUGUGAAUUAUCCUAUUUUGACUGGACCAUUUGAGUUUCCAGGGGUCUAUACUUGCACCGCCUCAAACUCCCAGGGUACUGUGACUAAAUACUUCACAGUCAACAAACCUCCAGGUAUUGGUCCCGGGGCCAUUGCUGCGAUUGCAAUUGCUGCAAUUGUUAUUGUUAUCUGUACUUUGGGAGUGAUUCAUCGCAAAUGCAAAAGAUAAGAGAAUGUAUUUUCAAAGCCAAAAAAUUUGCUCUGUGCCAUGUUUGAAUCCUCAGUUAUUUAGCUACAUUC